AUGAAAUUCUUGAAAAAGCUUGAAUCAAGGUUUUUAUUGGCACCAAAGCUGAUUUACCUUGUCGUAAAUUUGCAGUUUUAUGGCUUCCACCAGCUGAGAUUUGCUUUUGCCAAGGAUAAGUUCGGUGUGUCUGAGGAAAAUUAUGGAAAAUUCACUGGAUACACCCAAUUUCUAACCUUUUUUAGCAAUAUUCUGAUUGGCAAUUUUUCUGAUCGAACCAAAAAGUAUAAGCCCAUCCUCAUCUCCUUGAUCAUCAUAUCCACCGUAGUCUUUCUCCACUUCUACAUUAAUGCACUGAUGAGCCUACAUUCCCUUGUGUUUUGGGUGUUUAUUCUUCUUUAUCUUAUGUUUAAUAACCCUAAGGCUCCACUUUUAGACAAAAUUAUGAUAGAGUAUCUCGAAUGCUUCUCUGAAGUUGGAUCGAAGAUAUAUGGAAAACAAAGACUGUGGGGAACGAUCGCCCUGUCUCUUGCAACAUAUCUCUGCGAGUGGUGUACUGCAGAUGGUGAUGGCGCUUUUGACUUUGACUAUCUGAUCCACUAUAACGUCAUAAUCACCAUCCUGGCUGCGCUUUGUGUGACGCUCUUUGUUCGCACAGGCACAAAUUCAGUCCAAGCAAAUGGAAAUGACAAUAAGAACGUCGUAUUAGAACAAGAAAAUACUCAUAACAAGCACAAGGAAACGCAAAAUAGCUUCAGUAAAUACGCUGCAUUCAUGGAGCUCUUCAGGAAUAAGGAGUUCAUGUUUUUCAUUUUAAUCAUUUUCUCAAAUGCCGUUACUCGUUCUGCUCUCACAAUUUACCUGAGUAUGUUUCACAAGGAUAUCCUUAAAAUUAAACCGUACGAUCUACCCGAACACUGGCCUGCGGGUAUAAAAUCAUUAGUAAAUGUUUUCAAUAGUAAGCCUAUUGGCACAUUGACUACCUUCGGUAUUGUUUUUGAGAUGGCAGUGAUGUUUGUAGCUGAUAAGAUUCUGGACAGGCUCGGAUACUUUUGGCCUCUGAUUCUUGCCCAGGUUGUAUCGAUGGUCAGAUUUCUUGCAUAUUACCUGAUAUCAUCGUCUAAUGAGCAUGUUUAUGGUCUCAGCUGUCUUUUUGAGCUGUUGAGAGGAGUCUACUUUGGCAUGAUCCACAUAUCGUCGGUCCAUAUAGCCCCAAAGCUUGCUCCACCCCAUCUUAAGGCCACCUCCCAAAUGAUGUACCAAGGAACCUUUGCUGCCAUGGGCUCACUGGUCAGUGGAUAUCUGUUUGGAGAUAUGUUCAAGUCGAGGUUGACCAAAGAUUCUGCCCCGGAGGAGAGAGAGAAUGUCUAUAAAUUGAUAUUCCUCAUCAACUUUGGAAUCUCUCUUGCUACAGUUGCAAUAUGCUUUAUAAAGUAUGGCCUUAUAGACAGAGUGCUAUUCAGUCGCGAGAGGGAAAAUAGAAAACUGAAUUCAUAUGAACUGCAACAGGCAGUCGAAAAUGAAGCUCAAUAA